CCUACCGGUGGAGAGAGUUUCCGCCAUUUUUGAAAAUUGGGCCGCUCAGUGCAGAGGAGCGGGCGGCGGUGGCGAUGGCAGCGUUUGCCGUGGAGCCGCAGGUGCCCACGCUGGGAUCUGAACCAAUGAUGCUGGGUUCACCCACGUCUCCAAAGCCAGGCGUUAAUGCCCAAUUUUUACCUGGAUUUUUAAUGGGGGAUUUACCAGCUCCAGUGACACCACAGCCUCGAUCAGUUAAUGGCCCUUCAGUGGGAGUCAUGGAAAUGAGAUCACCCUUACUUGCAGGUGGGUCACCACCUCAACCUGUUGUACCUGCUCAUAAAGAUAAAAGUGGAGCUCCACCUGUUAGGAGUAUAUAUGAUGACAUUUCCAGCCCAGGACUUGGAUCAACACCUUUAACUUCAAGAAGACAGACAAACAUUUCAGUAAUGCAGAGUCCUCUUGUUGGAGUUACAACUCCUGUGACUGGGCAAAGUAUGUUUAGUCCAGCAAAUAUUGGUCAAGCACGAAAGACGACACUAUCUCCUGCCCAGCUGGAUCCUUUUUAUACUCAAGGAGAUUCUCUGACUUCAGAAGAUCACCUUGAUGACACUUGGGUGACUGUGUUUGGGUUUCCACAAGCAUCUGCUUCUUAUAUAUUACUACAAUUUGCACAGUAUGGAAAUAUCUUAAAGCACGUGAUGUCUAACACAGGCAAUUGGAUGCAUAUUCAUUACCAAUCUAAACUGCAAGCCCGGAAAGCCUUAAGCAAAGAUGGGAGAAUAUUUGGAGAAUCCAUCAUGAUUGGUGUCAAGCCAUGUAUAGAUAAAAGUGUCAUGGAAAACAGUGACAGAGGUGCUUUGUCAUCUCCAUCUCUAGCCUUUACGCCACCAAUCAAGACCUUAGGCACACCACAACCUGGAAGUACUCCUAGGAUUUCUACCAUGAGGCCUCUUGCUACCGCAUACAAAGCUUCUACUAGUGAUUAUCAGGUUAUUUCUGACAGACAAACGCCAAAAAAGGCCAAAGUCUCAUGUCAAGAAUGAUGGAGUACAUGUUUGGCUGGUAGUGUAAUAAGAGCUUAGAACUCUGCUACCAAGGAAGACCUUGCUACACUAAACUGGAGUUAGUGGAGUGCUGCCAGUUUCCUUCGGUUAGUUGUAUAACCACUUGUGGCAGUGUUGGAUAGCUAACCCAGAUACUUCUUUUACAAACCUUUUGUUUAAGAAUGUAGCCCCAUUUGUAGCUUGCACUUUAAAAGAUGCCUGAGAUACAUUUGAAGAAAAGAUCCCUCCAGGUGGCAUUUGUGCUUUCUGUGAUAGUGUAUGCUUAGCACAAUAAACUCAGCAUUGAUUGCAGUAAAUAAUAGAGUUUGAGGUCGUUAGCCUUCCUAAGAAGGUAGGUGAAUAUCAUGGAGAGCUACAACUACUUUCACCAAGACACAGUAAUUAUAAUUAGCUAUUUGAAUUAUGGCCUUUUAAUUUAGAUAGUAUUUAAUUACAUUAAAAUUAUCUUUGUAUAUAUCCUACUGUGGAGUGUCAUCUUUCAUGUUGUAAAACCCAGUCGUUCUUUUUAAAACUGCCUACUACUAAAGUUUCUUAAUAAUAAACUUGUUAAUUUAUAUAUAUUGAAUAUUUGUUUGGAAGGCUGAUUUAUUAGUUAUUAUUAGAAGUCUUAUGUGUUCACUGAAAUAAUAGAAAACAUGAUACUAAUUUUUCUAUAUUUAGAAUCCAGUUUUAGUUACCACCAUGUUUUGUUAUACCUGAUUCUUUUUCCCACCUCUUUUAUUUUAUUUUUUUUUGAAACACUUCUCAGAUUUGAGAUAAUUUCAGCCCCAAUACUUGUUGGAUAUAGCAAAAAAUCUCCAUAGAGUUGAUAAGUUUCUUAAUAUGUAAUA